CUGCUCUCGUGACUUUUAUUAUGAAACGCGGCGCUGCUGUGCUGUCACCUUCGCGUCCUCAUGGCUGGAGAUUACAGCAGGUCUUCAGUUUAGUGACCGAGGAUCUUCAUCGGGCAGAGCAUCCUCAUCCUCAGAUUACAGCGGCGAGGUCACGAGCAUUUCCUCCGUUUCCCACAAUCCUCUGCUGCAGAUCAGUUGAGCUGAAGUUCAGUUCAGUGCUGGUCUUCAUCUCGCUUUGGAUCACUGAUCUUCUCCUGGGUUCGUCUACUCUCAGAGGCACUCGUGGAGCUCAUGAAGACUGAGCAGGACGGGGAUGGAGCGCUGGAAGAGAGCGGCUCUCAGGGGCCUGAGCUCUACAGCGCUGCGUCUCCCGGCCCGCAGCAGGAGCCCAUCUCCACAUACUUCGAGGAGAAGGUCCCCAUCCCUGAGGAUGACAUGACCAAGCUGUUCAGCUUUCGUAAGCUCUGGGCCUUCACCGGGCCGGGCUUCCUGAUGAGCAUCGCCUAUCUGGACCCUGGGAACAUCGAGUCGGAUCUUCAGUCCGGGGCUCGAGCCGGCUUCAAGCUGCUGUGGGUUCUGCUGGGGGCCACCAUCAUCGGACUCCUGCUGCAGCGUCUGGCCGCUCGUCUCGGUGUGGUGACCGGGAUGCAUCUGGCCGAGGUCUGCAACCGUCAUUACCCCACGGUCCCUCGGAUCAUCCUGUGGCUGAUGGUGGAGCUGGCCAUCAUCGGCUCUGACAUGCAGGAGGUCAUCGGCUGUGCCAUCGCCUUCAAUCUGCUGUCAGUUGGCAGGAUUCCUCUGUGGGCUGGAGUGUUGAUAACCAUCAUUGACACAUUCGUCUUCCUGUUUCUGGACAAGUACGGUCUGAGGAAGCUGGAGGCGUUCUUCGGGUUCCUCAUCACCAUCAUGGCCCUCAGCUUUGGUUAUGAGUAUGUGCGUGUGGCUCCUGACCAGGGCGAGGUGCUCAAGGGCAUGUUUGUGCCGUACUGCAGCGGCUGUGGACCCACGCAGCUGGAGCAGGCCGUCGGGGUCGUGGGGGCCGUCAUCAUGCCUCAUAACAUCUACCUGCACUCUGCUCUCGUGAAGUCACGAGACAUAAAUCGAGCAAACAAGAAGGAGGUGAAGGAGGCUAACAAGUACUACUUCAUCGAGUCCUCCAUCGCUCUCUUCGUCUCGUUCCUCAUCAAUGUGUUUGUGGUGGCUGUAUUUGCAGAAGCUUUCUAUGGCAAGACCAACAUGGAAGUGAGUCUACAGUGUAAUGAAACAGGAAGUGCUCACAGUGAGCUUUUCCCAGCCAACAAUGAAACACUGGAGGUGGACAUCUACAAAGGGGGUGUGGUUCUGGGCUGUUUUUUCGGCCCGGCUGCGCUGUAUAUUUGGGCCAUCGGGAUCCUCGCCGCUGGACAGAGCUCAACGAUGACCGGGACCUACUCGGGUCAGUUCGUGAUGGAGGGCUUCCUGAACCUGCGCUGGUCACGCUUCGCUCGCGUGCUGCUGACGCGCUCCAUCGCCAUCUUCCCCACGCUCCUGGUGGCCGUCUUCCAGGACGUGCAGCAUCUCACCGGCAUGAACGACUUCCUGAACGUGCUGCAGAGCAUGCAGCUGCCGUUCGCUCUGAUCCCCAUCCUGACCUUCACCAGCCUGACCUCACUGAUGAACGACUUCGCCAACGGACUUGUGUGGAAGAUCGGCGGGGGUCUGGUCAUCCUGGUGGUGUGUGCCAUCAACAUGUACUUCGUGGUGGUGUAUGUGACGGCCCUCAACAGCACCAUCCUCUACGUCUUCUCUGCCCUGCUCUCCAUCACCUAUCUCAGCUUCGUCUCCUACCUGGUGUGGCGCUGUCUGAUCGCUCUGGGUGUCUCUCGUCUGGAUUUCAGAGGUUCAGCUCAGUAUCCUCCCGCCGUUCUCAUGGAUGAACAGCCAGAAUUUGAUUCCUGAAGCAGUCUGAACGUUAGUUUGUUCCUCCAGUGUGAGGAACGUCCUUAAUGUAACCAACAGUACAGUCCAAAUAUAUUUUUCUUGGUUUUCCUGCAUCAGUCCCUGAAUCCUGGCCCUGCCACUUUAUAUAGAUCUACUAUUGUAGGUCUGGCAGCACUGAGAGAUCUGCUGUGCUCCUCAGAUAACUUAUUUACUACAAAAGCUGCAUGUGUACAAUCAGUGUAAAGUCAAGAUAAUUUACCAGUACAAAUGAAACCUAUUUAAUGACUCAUGAGAUGGUUUGAACCAUUAUUUAUAGGUUCUCAAAGUUUUUUUUUUACCAUGAAUAAGCUGAUGAAGUGUUUUUACGACCCGCAGGAAUAUUACCCUGCCUUCCCCCUAAAUCACGUCUGAGAUAAUGCCUGAAUGAAAGAGAAAUUUGUAUUUAUUUUAUUGAAAGAACAGUUCAGAUGGCAUUGAAUGCAUGAGACCAGUGCUCUGUGAUAAACACACCAAGCCUUCUGGUCAGAACUAAAACCGAAAAUAAAUGUAUUUUAUAUUUAAAUACUUUUUUUUUGUCCUCAUUCCAAAGAUUCUCUUAUCAUUGGCUAUUUAUUUAGUUAGUGCAUCGCUGUUUCUAACUUUUUUGCUGAACAGAUUUGCCAUCAUUUGACUGUACUAACAAGAGUUUCUGAACAAAAUAAAAACCAUUACAGUUUAUGCAGCUGUAUAAAAAAAAAUGGAAACCACAAAAGUGCCUUUAAAAUUCUUCAUUGUUUUGUCUGAUAUGAUGUCUCCAUUAGGAGAUGUGACUGUCAUCGAAAGUUUCCCUUCAUGCCAGAUCAUUUGAUUGAAAAGAUUUCUCCGUUUUUAUGUAAGUGUAAAUGUGAGUUCUGUUGGUGUAAGGCAGAUUCUUGUCUUCUGUUCUGCUUUAUGUUUGAAACACAUUCCAUGCUGUCAGUAAUUCAGAACUGCUGAGAUGCAUUUAUGUUGUAAGACAUGAAUGCUGAUGAACCUGAGUCUGUACAAACUGUACAUGUGUAGCUAACAAAUUAAUAAAAAGCCCAAAAUGUCA